AUGGCGCCCAAGAACGGCAUCGCCGCCGACCUCCCCCCGCCGACGUUCGACCUCGAGAUCUGGGCCAACCACUACGAAAACGGCCCGCUGCUCCAACUCCGCCUCGCACACGUCGCCGCGCGCUGUCCCUCCCUCGCCCACCACGCCCUCACCCUCGCCCUCGCCGACGCCAAGAAGGGCAAAGACGUCCAGAUCUACAACCGCCUGUGCGAUCUCGCCGCCGACUUGGGCCUGAAAGAUCUGGGCAAGCAGGAUACCGAGUGGGCGUCACGCAAAGAUGAGGAGAAUCGGCGGGAACUGAGCCGGCUGGAGAGUGAGCUGCGGGGGUACAAGAACAACCUCAUCCGCGAGAGCAUCCGCAUGGGGCAGGAAGAACUGGCGAUGCACCACCUCCUCACCGGCGGACCCAUCCCCGAUCCCGCCAACCCGCAAUCGCUCAGCAGCGCCGGCUACAACGCGGCGUAUCAGGCGUUUGGCAAGAUGCGCGACUUCUGCACCACGCCGGCUCAUAUUAACAGCAUGACCCUGCGCCUGAUCUACACCGCACUCCUCCAAGCCGUCACUGCCCAGCAGACCGGUAACUCGUCCUCCUCGAUGCACUUCAACAGCGUCAUUGCCAACUCGAACCGAUUGCGGGCCACGGGGGUCAAGGAGGAGGAGCAGUCCAAGCUGACGCCCAUGGCACAUGUUGUGGCGGGGAUCGCGCACAUGGGGAUUGGGGAGUACCGAAGUGCUGCCAGUGCCUUCCUCCAGACACCCUUCGACUACCACAACAGCGGCGGGAUCUACAACGUGGACUUUGAGCGGAGCGUGGCCAGCGCGAACGAUGUGGCCAUCUAUGGCGGGCUGUGUGCGCUCGCCACGAUGAGUCGUGAGGCAUUGAUAGACGAUGUGCUGGGCGGCCCAUUCCGAGCCUUCCUCGAGCAAGAGCCACACAUGCGCAAAGCCAUCGUUCUCUACACCACCGCCAAGUACCAGGCCUGCAUCGACACCCUCCGCCGGUACUACAGCGACUGGAGUCUGGACGUCUUCCUCGGUGCUGGUGGUCUUUCCACCGGUUCGCACGUUGAUCGCCUGUUCGCGCGGAUCCGUGAGCGAAGCAUUACCGCCUACUUCUCCUCGUUCUCUGAAGUCAGCCUCACAUCCCUCGCCUCGACUUUCCCACCCACCUCCAACGCCCCCGACGCCAUGGAAGCGGAGGUAUUGAAUAUGAUUGAAAACGGCACACUGGACGCGAGACUCGACGUAGUCAGCGGCGUGCUGGUAGCACCACAGAACGACACUCGGCUGGAGACCCAUCAGAACGCGCAGAAAGCGGCGCAAGAGGUGGAGCGGACACUGCUGUUGCGUCUGCACCGGGUCAACAUGACGCUGGCUGGGCUGGAGAUUCCCAAGGCUAAGGGCCAGUGGGAUGGCAUGCGGGUGGGGAAUGGAUACUGA